GAAGAAAGUUCAGGAUUCAUGGGAUCGAGCUUUUGUUUCACAUCAAUAUCCAAAACCAGACGAAAAGGCAGAUUCCCAUCAAUGCACUCGUAAGCAUCGGCAAUUGGCAUGUAGACAUAAAAUAGGUCAUACUUUAUCAGUUGAACAUUAUGGUGUAAUGAAUAACAGACCAAAUACCCCAGCACCUAAACAAGAAAAUAAAGGGAAAAUCCCAGUAAAAGCAUUAAUUGAUACAUCGUCGAAGUUUAAUACCAUUAGUGAGAGCUUGUUCAAUAAGCUUAAAAAAGAUUAUGGAAUAAGUGAUCCUGUUGAGAAUCUCUAUAGGGAUGUAAUAGAUAGUACCGAAGUAAUAGACUUUCAAAUUCGCAAAAAUCCAUCAUUUGAUUUGGUAUUAGGGAGAGAUUGGUUAUGGAUGCGUGAAGCAAAAAUAAGCUUUGGAUAUUCUCUCAAAACCUGUGUCUGCCAUGCUAAAAUUGUAAUCAAUGGUAUGAGUAUCGUAUUAAUUGAAGAAAAUAGUAAUAAAGCUAGUUCUAGUAAAAAUAACUUAUCUCAUUCUGAAACAGAAAUCGAUAAACCUGAUCUAAAUUUAGAAAAGUUUAUAGAUAUGUUUAAGAAAUUAUCUAUAGAGAUUAAUGUAUCUAGUUCUGAUUCAGAAUCUACAGGUUCAGACUGGUACGAUCUUGAUCUAAAAAAAACUCUGAAAGAAACGCAUCCAUAUUACAAAGAAAAAGGUUAUCUCUUCUAG